AUGCCUUUUGCUCGUUCUUGUUUGUUAAUUUAUCAUUAUGUUGUCUUUACUGUUCUAUGUGAGGAAAAAGGGCGUCGUGCAUAUGCGGCUUUCUUUUUUUUUCCAUUUUUUUCCUUUUUUUUUUUUUGGUUUGUUUGGUUUUCUGCUCUUUUUAUUUUAUUUUAUUUUUCUUGUUUGAUUGUUUGCCGACGCGUCUUUUUUUUUUUUUUUCCCGCUUUUACCCCAAAAGGAGGAGGAGGGGGAAAAGGGAGGGCAGGGGAUGCCACUAACGUCAGACGACGCCGUGCAAGCAGACAUGUCACGCACCACCAGCGUUGCUGCACCGCCUUCGUCGUGCCUUUUUUUUUUCAGAAGCAUGUGGAAGGAAUGUGCGGCCCGUUUUUUUUUUUUUUUCUUUUGGAGGGGAGGAGGGGAAGGAAGGGGAUGUUGGGUGAAAUGAAACAAAAUGCCGUCACCCCGUCUUGCUGUACGUUCACCCUUUUUUUGUGGGGGUCUGUGGGGGAGAAGACCUCAUCCUUAGCGCAUAUUUCUUUUUUUUUUUCUCUUUUGUUGUUGUUUGGGGGGAGGCGUGGAGACCUUUUGUUUAUUUUUAUUAUUAUUUGUUGUCGCUUUGGUUUGUGUUUGUUUGUUUGGAGAGGGAGGCGGGCACGCCUGCUGCUGUCGCGUUAG